CAAUCAUCGUACAUGUCAUCAAAAAUUAAAUAGUAGUUGAUGUAGUGAGUGGUAAUAACACAAGUAAUGUUCUUUGUUACUACUCGUCGAGUAUAAUUUUUAAAAAGUUUGAUUUACAUAUUACUACAUGGCAAUGAAAAUCCACAAGCAUUUUAAAGGCAGUCUACUUAAAUUUGUGUAAAAUAUCAUAUUUAUGCCUUCAAUUUUGGGAUACAGAUUUAAAUCUAACAAGAAGAAAUCUAAAAUGAAUGGGCACUCGAAUGUUCCAUUGGGAGUACGAUUUUUACAGAAGUUGACUGAUACUUGUUGUCCAAGGUUUCAUUUUAAUAGGGAACUAUGUUAUCGUGUGAGCGUGAUAUUUCUAACAUAUAUAUCGUAUAUGUGCUAUCAUCUAUCAAGAAAACCCAUUUCAGUAGUGAAAGCAGUGUUACAUAGAAAUUGCAGCAAUCUCGUACCGCCAGAUUCGAAUGAGCCAAGCAAUUGGUGUGAUUGGGCACCUUUCGAUGGCACAGAGGACAGUGCCUCUCAGAUGUUGGGUGAGUUGGACUCAUCGUUCCUUUUCUGUUAUGCCAUAGCGAUGUUCGUAUCCGGGAUCAUAGCUGAGAGAGUCAACCUUCGGUAUUUUCUCAGCUUGGGUAUGUUAAUGUCAGGUGUUUUUAGCUACCUAUUCGGCAUUGCUAAAACUUACGACAUACAUAAUCUUUCUUAUUACGUAAUUGCGCAGGGCAUGGCAGGCAUUUUCCAGACCACGGGAUGGCCAGGUGUGGUUACCGUCAUGAGCAACUGGUUUGGAAAAAGUAAAAGAGGACUGAUCUUCGGUUUGUGGAACUCUCACACCAGUAUAGGAAAUAUUUUAGGAACCCUGAUUGCUGCGGAAUACGUGGAAAAGGAUUGGGCAUUAUCCUUUAUUAUGCCAGGCUUGUAUAUAGGAGUAGCUGGUUUUAUUAUCUUCCUUUUUUUGGUAGUUAAUCCCAGUGAUGUUGGCUGUGCUACCCCAGAUCGUGAUACAGAUAUUCGUCCGAAAAGACCACGACUUUUGGAUACUCAAACAGUCAAUGAUGAAAACUCUUCCGGGAUUGACUCAGACGUUGACGAUACCAAUAUUAUUGUAGGAGAACAAGAUCGUACGUUUACUCGGUCGCGCCGUUUGAGCCACGAACACGUAGAGGUCCAAAGAAGAAUAACAGAGCGAACGCAACUAUUGGCUCGUUCACACACAGAGCCUCGAGAGCGGGCAAUUGGAUUCGUCGAUGCUCUCCGCAUACCGGGUGUUAUUGAAUUUUCUUUGGCAUUAUUCUUCUCGAAGCUGGUCAGUUAUACGUUCCUUUAUUGGCUUCCAUUAUAUUUAAACGCAUCAACUUCCAUGAGUGCUUCACUUAGUGCAGAUCUAUCAGUGCUAUUUGACGUUGGUGGAAUUGUUGGAGCUAUAAUCGCCGGGUAUUUAACUGAUAAAACCGAUAUGCCGGCAUGUACUUGUUCUAUAAUGCUGUUACUAGCAGCUCCAAUGAUGCUGUUCUAUGAAGGGAUAAGUAUAGACCACAUAGGAUUAAAUAUGAUCGUUCUGGUGAUAGUAGGUUUAUUGGUAAACGGACCAUACGCCCUAAUUACCACGGCGGUAUCCGCCGAAUUGGGCACUCAUCACAGUUUAGAAGGAAAUUCGAAAGCCUUGGCCACUGUCACGGCUAUUAUCGACGGUACUGGUUCGAUUGGUGCAGCAGUGGGUCCUCUUUUAGCCGGAUUCGUGAAGGGUUACGGCUGGAAAAAUGUCUUCGUGAUGUUAAUGAUCUCUGACAUUUGUGCAUUAUUUUUGCUAGUGAAGUUAGUCAAACAGGAAAUUAUUAAAUUUAGGAAUGCUCGUCGUGCAGGAAUCCGAAUAGAAUAAGCCACUAUUUUGUACAGAAUUUAUAUAAGUAUAAAUAAUAUGUUAUAUAAUUAUGUAUAUACAGAAUGGUCCAUAAAAAGAUGUAUAAAGUACUGAAUUUUUAAUACUGCCCGUAAUAAUAUU